GAUCCCUUUGACACAACUAUUGCCGCCUGCAUCCUUCCGGGCAAGGCAGAAUUGAAGAUCCUCGAAUCGGAACUCUUGAAUUAAGGAUUGAGAAAGUUGUUAAUUCGGACGAAAUGGAUUUUUCAAAUAACCCCUUCCUCUUCGAUGACCCUGCUGUUACAGCAGAAAAUGACCCAAUGGUAAAUCCAUUCUUUGAUGGCGGAGGUUUGGAUUUUUCAUCCGUUAAUUAUGAAGGUAUAAACCCAUUCUCUGACCAAAUUGGGGAAUCUUCUGGAAUUGGUGCUGGUUUAUUUGGUGAUGCGAGCUCGUACCCGAUCGACAUUAAUCCGUUUGGUGAAGUUGAUGUCCAGUCAUCGUCCAACAAUGUGCCUAAUAACGACUCAAUUCCAACAGCAAAUAUUGAUUUGUUCAGUUCAGCAAUUACCAGUCAUAAUGACUUUGCCGUUGAUUUAUUCAAAGACGAGUCAAAACCAGCCAGACCUCCUUCGCCAUCACUUCCUCCUCGACCACCUUCUCCAUCUGUUCAUCCACCUCGCCCGGCAUCACCUGCAAGACCUUUACCUCCCCGUCGGCCAUCAUCGCCGGCAGUUCCUCCAAGACCUCCUUCACGACCACCAUCUAGACCGCCUUCACGACCUGCUUCACGACCUGGAUCACCUCUGAAUGAUGGAACAAAUGACCGGCCUCUUCCACCCAGAAGACCUCCCCCUCCAUCCAAGGAAACGAAAGAUCUGCUCCAAACCGUCAUUGGAGCCAUGGAAGAUACUACUGAUAAAUUGCAGGACACCUUUUCCACGACUAUGAUGCCAUGCCCAUCUCUUGGAAACUCUCAACAUACUAGGAGUCCGACUCCCGACAUUCAUGUGACUGCACCAGAAAAGGAGUCUGACUCAUUCAGUGCUAUUUUCGGUCAAACUAUCGAACAUGACGAUGAAUCUGAUGAGUUUUUUGAAGACAAUGACAAUAAAAACGAAAAAGUAGAACCCAGUCAUUCCGAAGCAAUAGAACCCUGUCUUUCAGAUGAAAUCGAUCUUUUUGGAGAGCAAAUUCCUCAGAAUAAACCCAAGUCAACACAAGAUAUUAUGAAUUUAUUUAAUAAAUCGGAAUCUGAAAAAUCAGGUGGCUUCGAUUUGCUAUCGGAUGAUGCAAUUUCCGACGCAACAGAAGCGAAAGAGGAACCAAAAGGAGCCGCAUCAUUGUUUGACGCUGAGAACUCUAUCCCAGCACACGAUAGUGUGAUUCAGAAUGAGGAGAACUCCAAUGAACUUGUAGCAAAAGGGAGUUCCAUUGGUUCACCCGAACAGGUUAGUGAAAAGACUGACAGUGAGCCAACAGUCAUCGAAACGACUACGGACGUAGAUUCCGACAUUAGGAGAGAUUCAACAGCAGUUGAUCCUGAAUUAGUUCUGGAAGAAUUUGCCGAAAAUUCUGUUAUAAACGAAAAAGCCGUUCAUGGCAAAAGCGUUGACGCAGCUUUCAAAUCGAUAGAACAAAAAGAAAUAUCUCUUCCUACAGUGGACGAUGAAAGUUCGACAGUUGAAACAUCAUUUCCAGUUUCUAUUACAAGUCCGGAAGACAAAGCAAAUGAAAUCGACCAUUCCAAUAUAUUUGGAGUGCCAAAUUCUGAAGAACACGAAGUUCCAGUUCCUCCAGAAUCUACAUCAGAAAGUCAAUCUCCAGAAGAUAUUUUUGGUGUUCCAAAAAAGCCUCCAAAGCCACUCCCACCUGAGCGUAAAACAUCGAAGCUACAAUCUCCUGAAAGUAUUUUUGGUGUACCUACACUUUCCUCCGUAGAUCCUGGUCGAGGAAUAGCUGAAAUUGUUCCUGAAGUUCUUGACCAACAAACCACCCUAGGAUUGUUUGGUGAAGUUGAUAUCCACCAACCAAUAGUAAGUGGGGAUAUAUUUGGUGAACCUGACGUGCCAACGACAACAAAUAUUUUCGGAGAUUUACCAUCAGCUCGUACAUUUGAAGCUCCGACAGCUCUCACACCUCCCGAAAUGGACGCAGCGGCACUAGGACUUUUUGGUGAGCCAAUGUCGAAUGUUAUACUCUCCACAGCAGAAUCGACAGGAGCAACUUUAUUUGGAACAAGUGCACCUGCUCCAAAUGUCGGAAUCAGUUUGUUUGGACUUGGAAACGAAGCGGCUCUCGAUAUUUUUGCUGAGAGUGAGAGCAAUACAAUGGUUAAUCCUUUUGCUCCGCCUAGCACUGCUCCGUCAGCUCUACCAACUCUCGCUCCUGCGUUGCACCCUGCAUCUAAAGCAGCGACCGAUGAGGAGUUCGACGCUUUUUCAGCGAGGUUUGAAAAUGCAGUUGUCGAUGACGGGGCAGCCGAUCCCUUCGGGUCUGCAUCUGCUGCACCAGAAACUGGUGCAUCGCCAUGGGGGGACACUGGCGGUAUGUCCGGCUUCGGUGGGGCCUCGAACGCGUUUGGGUUCAGCGACAACGCUCAGUUCGACUCUUUCCUGAGCAUGACUGAGCCGCCACCGGCGCCGCAGUCCACCCCGCACCACAUGAAGAGGGAAGGAUCCAAUGAGUCCGACGAAACUCCCAUGUCCGUCGUCAUCAAGCCCGCGGGGCCAGACUCGUCGUCUGAUGUCACCGCCGAUUCGAUGUUCGUGCCGGCGCUGGCGCCUCCUCCCGCGCUGCCCGCGACCGCCGCUUUUGCGGACGCUACGCCGCGCUUCAACCCCUUCGACAGACCCCCAGACGAGCUAUCCUUCACAGAGCAGGAAGGUAUGCCGGAGUUCAAGAGGACGGACUCGCAGGAGACGCCACCGACGCCGCUGUUCGACGAGGACCAGUCGACGCAGCUGGAGGAGUUCCCGCGUAUCACGUACACUGGCCCCGGCUGGGAGAUGUUCUUGCGACAACCCAACAAGAAGAAAAUUACUGGUCAAAGGCUGCUAGCCGGUAGUGAGGGACGCAUUCUUGUCACAAACAGGUUCUGGAAGAAAGUAUUUGUGAAGUUCGCUGACGGCGGCGCAUUGCAACUCUUCAACAAAGACGACGACAAAGAUCCUUUCCACGAGCUGCCCUUACAAGCCUGCUACUCCGUCUCGGAUAUCGGAGCGCAACAGUUUGACCAAUUCGGGAAAAUUUUCACGGUGAAGGUCCAGUACAUGUUCUACAAGGAGCGUCCGGGCGUCAGGCCUGGCCAGAUAAGUAAAGCAGAACGAAUAACAACGAAAUUAUCGAAGUUUGCUCAGUACGCAAUAGCGGGCGACUACGAAGGAGUGAAGGAGUUUGCCAGCGACGUGCGAAAGCUCGGCAUGCCAGUGGAGCACGCGCCUCAGAUCUCGCAGCUGCUCAAGCUUGGCACGCAGAACUACGAGGAUCUCAAGGUGUUCGCCUCGAUCAUCGAGGAACAUUUGUUCAAGCUGACAGUUCACCGAGACCGCGCGCUGACAUACAAGACCGAGGAGGUGCAGCUGACCGCCGUCGACGAGAUCUACCUCGAGCAGGACUUGCGCGGCGCCGUCCACAGGAUGAUCGCCAGAGUCCGCAUCUUCUUCCUGGGCUUCCUCUCAGGUAUGCCUGAUGUUGACCUUGGCAUCAACGACCUGCGUAAGCAAGGCAAGGAGGUGGUGGGUCGCCACGACAUCAUCCCCGUGGUGACCGAAGAGUGGAUCAGACUGGAGGCCAUCGAGUUCCAUUGUUGCGUUGAAGAGGACGUCUUCGAGAAAACGCGACACAUAAAGUUCAAGCCUCCAGACGCUUGCUACAUCGAACUCAUGCGCUUCCGAGUUCGCCCCCCGAAAAACCGCGAGCUGCCGCUACAGAUCAAAACGAAGAUCAUCACGGAGGGCACGAAGGUCGAGAUCCAGAGCGAGAUCUUGAUCCCUGGGUUCAGUGGACGCAAGCUGGGGCAGGUACCGUGCGAGGAUGUGGCUGUGAGGUUCCCGAUACCUGAGUGUUGGAUCUACAUGUUCCGCGUCGAGAAACACUUCCGAUACGGUUCUGUGAAGUCCGCUCACCGCAGACCGGGCAAAGUGAAGGGCAUUGAGCGCAUCAAGGGAGCCGUGGAGGGGCCAGAGCCGGCGCUGAUGGAGGUCACGUCUGGUCAGGCGAAAUACGAGCACCAGCACCGCGCUAUCGUGUGGCGUAUGAGUCGCCUGCCCAAGGAGGGGCAGGGCGCCUACACCAUGCAUAACUUCUCGUGCCGCAUGAACCUCACCGCGUACGACGAGAAGCCUGACAAACUCGACCGGCACUGCUACGUCGAGUUCACCAUGCCGGCGACGACAGUGAGUCACUGUGUCAUGCGGAGUGUUAGCGUCACAAGCGAAGACCCGCCAGAGAAGUACGUGCGUUACUUAGCGCGGCACGAAUACAAAGUCGAGAUGGAGUUCACGACGCCCAGUGGCCCCGGAGACUACAUCGUGGCCACCAAGAAAGACGCGGAAGCUCUUGCCAGGGAAGAGGCUUUGAAAAAGCAACCGAUUGCCGAGGAGGCGGCACACGACUCCAGCAGUGACGAGUCUUCCUAAGUGUUCAUGGUUAUUCCUGCCUAAAGUAAGGAACCACAUAGACCGUGUCAUUUGUCUAGCGAUGCAUACUGUUGUUUAUGCUGUUUCAAGAGUGGAUUACCAUUACGAAGAGAUUAGUUGAUGGUACUCUCAAUUGUUCGUCUGUAAAUUAUUCUUGAAUUGUUGUUGGUUUCUCACAGAAUGAUCUCGAAGUUCUAAUCUUCGAUUUACUUUUUAAGUUUUGACGAUAUCACGAACUGCGUGGCAUGAGAUUUGACUGGCAUCACAAAGGUUCUUCUAUUUUAUAUUAAAUAUUGUUUCUAUAUGUCUCUUCCGUAGAUAAUCUCUAAUGAAUAAAUUAUUAUACGGAGACGAUUUCUUGACAGUACGCUUGAUUGUUUGCCUAUUUGACCAAUGUCCUGAGUUCGGUGAUCGGUGAUGUCAGUUGAUGUAAGGUUUGACCAGAGUGUUGUGCGUGCGUAGAGUUCUCAUCUCGUGUCCAGCGUAGUUCUUAUUUCUCUCGUCGUGCAGCUGAUCGAUGACAGUUCAUUCAGCAGAAGGCAGCUUCUUGGCAGUUGCCUGCUACCACCAGUGAAAUGUUCCUCAGUCGAGUAGGAUUAAUGCCCUAUUCAGUAGGGUUUAUUUUUAAUCUUAGUUUGUACGCGAUUUGAAUAGCAGUAAUCAUUUUAAUUUAUUAUUUGAUUGUUAAAAUGAGAGAAGUUUCCAUGAAGGCCGAUAAAUUUGUUGAUCACUUCAUUAUUAGAUUUUUUAAUGAUAAAAUUAAUUAUAAAUGAAAAUUUGACCUUCGCAUUAUUAGGUUGAUUUUAAGUGUGGGUGAACAUAUCAGAGUGAGCGGAAAUGCUUAUUUGUUAAAUAGCGAAUGGCGGAUCCGGUUUAAGAGUUUCAGAAGCUUGCGUGUUUAAUUAACAUGCAAAUAAUGACUGUCUGUUUCACCUGUCUUGUAGGGAGCGAGUUGUAGUAAAAGAAAUUAAUCGUUACGCUUUCCUCUGUUACAUUUUUAGCUGAGUUGCGUGACUGUUGACAGGAAAGUUAGUUUUCAUGAAAUGUAAGUUGAUAUUUUCUACAUGUUUAGUUGUAAGAUUUAGCAGAUAAUUGUGUAGGAAUUAUUUGCGUGAAUACGUUGACUUGAAUUAGGUUUGAAGCCACUUUAGUAAUUUGCUUCGGUGUACAUACAUUGUUUCUCCUCCCUGAUGUUGAACGUUAAAUAUCUAUUACAUGUAAUUAUUGCUUAUAAUGUAGGUAUUCAAAAUUUGCUAGAUAUAAAAAGAGAAAUUGAAUAUUUAUGGACAUUUGAAAGAAAGCUAACAUUAACACUGCUUUGUUAAUCUCCGAAAACUUUAUAAUGGAUGAACGUCUUUAAUUAACAUAUGAUUUCAAAUGGAGUUUGACGAAUCAUGUUAAUGAACGUAAAAUAGCGCCUUAAUUUCAUCCUUGUUUCUGCGGUUGAGUGAAGAGUUUGUCUUAUCCAAGCUGACCGCUGGCAGCUACGGGAGCAUCGCGCUUGUUGACACUCGAUCACCUUGUGGAUCACGCAUCUUGACCCACUUCUUGGUGUCUUGGUGUGGGUCGCGCACCUUGACUCACUCCUUUGAGUGGAUCACGCAUCUUGACCCACUCCUUGGUAUAGAUCACGCAUCUUGACCCACUCCUUGGUAUAGAUCACGUAUCUUGACCCACUUCUUGGCAUGGAUCAAAAUGCGCGAUGAAACCGCUGACUACAUCUCCACUCUACAUUGGUCUCGACUCCUGUCAUUCGCCCGCGUCAUCAAUGCAAAUAAGUUUAUGUCCGUAAGGCGUGUACGCCUCAGUAAUUAACAGCUUUAACCCUAUAGAAUAUCAGCGAGUUAGUGGUUUUCAUGAUGGGAUUGGCUUCAAAUCGAGCAAAUUUUUACUGACGGUGAAGUAUUUCUUCCUGAUAGAAAUGUUCGUAGUUUUUCUGUUUUCAUAGACAUUAUGACCCUUAUAAACGCCUUCGACAACAAUUACAUAGAAAUUUCCGGCAAAAAUGAUUUAUUGAUCAAUAGGAACAUUCAAGCAUCAAGGAAAUUAACUUACACAGUAAAAAUGCGGUCCUAAAUUUCAUUGCACAUUCUUUAAUUUUACAUUUCAGAGCGGAGAUUCUCAAGUGCGUUGAAUUUAAUCGUUGACUAUCAUAUUGUCUGCGGGUGGCAAAAUUAAGUUCCUAAUUUCCGGUUUCUUUGCUAAUUGAUAGAAAUAUCUGCUGAUCAGCUAAUUACUUGGGCUUGUCUGAGUUGUCACCUGCUAGAUGCAUUGAAUUUUUUAGCGGACAAAUUCAUUAGAAUAUCAGUUUCCUAUCCAAAGAAACUAACUCUGUGCUCCAUAACAGGAACCGCUUGUCGCUCAAAGCUCCAUGGACCUUAUAAUAUUCAAAUGAAGGCCCAGCCCUACAGUGACGGGUAAAGUGUUACUAUUAACUUAGCUCUCUAUGUGUCGCUCGAUGUUCAAAGAUUUCAAUUAAUUUUUGUCCGCUGAGCUCUAAUUCUGUAGUCCUAUUGGAAAUAAAAGGUGGCAUCUCGGUGAAUAUAUUCAGUGACCGAUGACAAAUCUUCUUGGAUUCGCCUCUAAUUUCCAAUGGGUAUGCGAGAAUGGGUGUGCGGGAUGCAGCAAGCUACCAAAGACAAUGUAAAAUUAACAGAAGCGAUCUCCGUCGCCCGUAUUACUAAGCCUAGUCUUUAAUGAUAAAUUAGUUCUGAUGUUAUUGGAUCCUUUCCUAGACAACAGAAACAUAUGAAAUGUCACUCCUGCACAACAUAGCACUUUUCAGGCUCACUAGCUUACGACGCCAAACCAACUAUCUUUCUUGAACUCGUUUGCACCUUCGUAUCUUUCAGAAAAUUAUUCGGAUAUCCUUCUGUUCUGAGGAACUUUGUGAUAUGGUUUUGGUUGUUUAUUGAUAUGAUGUGAAUUAUUUGGCAUCCAAGUAUCUUAAUUUAUAUUCUCUUUGACUAUUCUUGUUACCAGGAAGAAAAAGCUUUAUCUGUUUUAGGCGAAUCGUUUUCAGACAUGAAAAUUAAAUAAGGCAUGAGAUACUGAGGACGUUUGUAGUUGUGCAGUUCAGCUUAGUGCUAGUGUUUAACCGAGUCAAAAUGACGCCUAUGAAGUUAAACCAACUUAAAAAUUCAGGACAAACAACCAGUUGAUAGGAUAUCGUUUUUCUUAGAAAUCACAAAUGAGUUCACUUUUGAAAUUCAAUAGUCCUUUGGUGGUCAACAUCAAUCUCUUCUAAGAGGUGCAUCGAAUUUGGAAUAAAAUUGCGUUAAAAUGCAUAUUAUUACAUAAAAUACUAAAAAAGAGCAACAAAGUCGAGGUCGUUUUACGCCAAUUGAAUUACGCUGCAGGCUAAAGACAAAUAGUCGGCGACUGAGCGCAUGCCAAUAACGGUUGGUAGUAAAAUCUAAUCGGCUUGCGAGUCACGUAUUUGCCAAACUUUUGCAUCGACUUCUGAGAAUGUCGACUUCUGAUAAGGUAAACUUCCGAGGUUUCAAUGAAUAUUAUUUGCAUUUCACACGUUAUUUAUGUUAAGGAUCUGUAUUUUUUUAAUUAUUUUUUCUUAUCAUCCUCUCUAAAAAUGAAAAGCUCUGUACUUGACUUUAAAAAGAUUUUCUAAGAACAUAAUCAGGUCUAGAAGCUUCUACCAUCUCCCAUGCAACAAAUAUCUAUUUUUGAAGCUCGGGUGGACAUUCACUAAUGGCUCUUCCACGUCAAUGUUCAAGGUUCUCUUACUUCUUGUUUAGGAAACAUUGAGCAAAUUUCAGUCACAAUUGACUGACCUCAGCCUGUUUCUGUGGCAGCAUACAAGAAGCUGACUUGUUUGUUUGUGGCAGCUCACAGGAGGUUAACUUGUCUGUCUUGUGGCAGUUCCCUGAAGGUUAACUUAUCAGUUUGUGGCAGCUCACUGGAGGCUAACUUAUCAGGUUGUGGCAACAUACAAGAAGCUAACUUUUCUGUUUUUCACAUCACAUAAGAAGCUAACAUGUAUGUUUGUCGCAUCACACAGAAGUCUUACUUGUCUACUUUAUCUCGUUGUGUGGGCGGGUAUACAAGAUUGAUAAAUGCGUCUCUCACGUUAUUUUCGUACACAAAUCUUACCAAUGCAGCACCGACGUCACUGCAGCUAGGGAUAUAUAUAACCUGAUGUUUGUGUGUAAUAGUCGAAUAGUCGUGUCAGUCCAUUCAUGAUUCAUAAAAACUGUAAGUUUCUCGCUCGAAUUGAUCGGUGUCAAGUGUCAGAUAUUUGCGGAUAAUUUUUUGUUCCAGUACAUAUUAAUUUUACAUAUUAAUAUUACC